UUGAUGAUUAAUUUAUUUUUGCAGUGUAUUUUAUAACAAAACAUUUGAUAAAAUGAUAUUAAGGACUGCAGAAACUCAUAUCCGUGAAACUUUUAACUCAAUUUUAAUUAACAUAUUUUAAAAACGUACAUUAUUUAUAGGUAGUUGUUAAAAUUUUUAAAUAAAGGGAAAUAAAUAUAUUUUUUUACAAUGUCUAGAAACUUAGCUUAUGUGCUUGAUAAUGGAGCUUACUGUGCUAAAGUGGGAUUAUCAAACUCUAAUACUCCAAAAGUUAUACCAAAUUGUAUUAUGAAAGCCAAAUCAGAACGUCGAAGACUAUUUGUAGGAGAUCAGUUGAAAGAAUGCAGAGAUGCUUCUGGGUUAUAUUACAUAUUAGGUUAUCAAAAAGGUUAUUUAGUAAAUUGGGAUGUACAGAAAACUGUUUGGGAUUAUAUAUUUAGUCCAGAAUGUUGCCCUGCAAACUUUGCCGAGCGUCCUGUCAUUCUAACAGAACCAAUGUUUAAUUUUCCACCAAUUCAAGAAGGAUUAACUGAAAUAUUUUUUGAAGAAUAUGAUUGUCAGGCACUUUUAAAAAUAAAUGCUCCUGAUCUAUGUGCUUAUAAAUAUAGAAAAGCAACUAAUUGUUUGUGUUGCGUUGUUGUCGAUAUGGGAUAUAGUUUCACACAUGUAAUACCUUAUAUAAAGGGAAAGAAGUAUCACCCAGCCAUACGAAGAAUUGAUGUCGGAGGCAAGUUAUUAACAAAUCAUUUAAAGGACAUAAUUUCUUAUAGGCAAUUGAAUGUUAUGGAUGAGACUUAUGUUGUGAACCAAGUAAAAGAAGAUGUUUGUUUUGUUUCCCAAAAUUUUAUGGAAGAUAUGGCGACCGCUAGGAAAAGAGGCGAAGGAAAUACUAUUGUUAGGGAAUAUGUUUUACCUGAUUAUACAACAGUGCGAAGAGGAUAUAUACAAGAUCCAACUAAAAAACCUGAUGAUGAUCAACAAAUGCUUAGAUUAAAUAAUGAACGUUUUGCUGUACCUGAAUUACUUCUAAAUCCAUCAGAUAUUGGAAUACAACAGAUGGGUGUACCUGAAACUGUUAUUGAAAGUGUAUCUUGCUGCCCAGAGGAAACAAUUCCCCAUUUGUUAUCUAAUGUUAUUGUUGUUGGAGGUUGUGGACUAUUCCCUGGAAUGAGAGCAAGACUUCUGAAAGAACUAAGAGCACUAGCACCUGAUGAUAUUCAUGUUAAUAUAACAAUUCCUGACAAUCCUAUCACUUAUGCCUGGCAAGGAGGAGCAAAAUUAGCUUCGGAUCCACAAUUCAUGAAAAUGUGUAUAAGGAGGCAAGAAUAUGAAGAAGUGGGACCGAGUGCUGGAGUUUGUGUUAAUAAAUGAUGAUAAAUAAACAUGUUGAAAUAUGCAAAUAAUUUAUUUGAUCUUAUAUGUAUGUAUUCAUGUAAAAUAUUGGUAUAAAAGUAUCAUUUUGCUUUAAAAUUUAAAGCGCUUAAGAAGAAAUAUCUUGGG